AUGCCUACCGACCGAUAUCAGUUAGCCACAGGCCUAAAAGGUCAAAAGGGGAAGAGGGAGCCAUAUAUCCUAUCCGCUACAGAAGAUUACAUGCGAUGUACUACAAAUCUCUGCGAGCGUUUUGAUUUGGCCGGUAGAGCUCGUCAGAUUUAUGUUGUUAUUAUACGUGAGGAGGAACAGCUUCAUAUCAAACCUGAGCCUAUAAUGAGCCGCGAAUCGAGCUUGGCCAGCGACAUUAGCAAUUGCACGACCCUCCCACCACCAGAACAGCCGGCUACUGACGCUAGGAGAGAGGCUACUUUAAGGGCUACUCCUCAGCGGCAGGUUACGCCACAUCAGGAUACACCGCAGCUAAGAGAUCCUUCAAGUACGCUGCGACGUGGUGGUGCAAGACGCAGUGGCACCAGAGGCCCUCGGGUAGAAGCAUCACCGGCUAUAUCACCACCACGUACGCGUAGUAGGGCCUCUAGGGGUAUGAGGGCAGGUUAA